AUGGCGGCAACAACCCCCCAGCAGCUUACGAAAGAUCUUCUUGCCAGAGCCCAUUCUCCAGAUAGUGUCAACCGCAUCUACAAUGAAAAAAUUCUACACCGUGCUCUACAUCUUCGGCCAUCUUCCCCCCCGCCCGCCGCAGUCAAUGCUCGAACUGCGCGGAGAAAGAUUCGGGACCAAAAAAAGGCAAGGAGCAAGGCCCGUCCGAAGCCUCUCUCAUCUCGAGAACGGCGGAAGCUAGGGCUGUACGACAUCCCCAAGGACGGUCAGAAAUACAGCAUAUAUGAGCCACUCUACGAACUAUGGCAAGGCUAUGCGAGGGAGAUUUUGGGGCGUGAUAUAUUCCGCCGUGGCCCCGAGGCAGCGGCCAAGUUGGCCAGCGCGGAACUCCAUGGUGCGCUUACUGAGGUCGUUAGAAGCCGAUGUCCGGGACGUGUGGGCUUGAAGGGCAUCAUUGUUCGCGAUCGCAAGUUCGUUAUCGAGAUAAUCACUGAAAAGAAGGGCAUCAAAAUUAUCCCCAAAGAAGGAACGACAUUCCGUAUUGAAGUUAGGCCCGAGACGACCCAAACGGCCUCUGAUUCGAAACCCUUUGUGUUUGAAGUCUUGGGGGAUCAACUGAUGCUUCGUUCCGCGGACCGCGCCAACAGAAAAUUCAAGCAGCACUUUCUCCCCGAUCUUUAA